GUUUUUUGAAUUUGACGUCCGUGCUUACGCGACUACGCAUAAUAUUUGUAAUUGUAAAAUUUUCAUUAUAAAUAAAUUAUCUUGCAGUUUUCAUAAAUUGUUUGUUGAUUUUUCAAUCAAAUACAAUGGCAGCAGUUCUUAAAAAACGAGCUUUGGCUGAAUACAAUAAAUCAUUCCAGGAUGGUCCAGCGUCAAAGAAGCUGCACUUAGUCAAAAAGCCACUCAUAGGUAGUUCAGCAGCAGCGUUUGUGGGUUUGCUGGAAAAGUGCAAAUCAAGUGAUGAAGCUUUACAGCUACUACUCCGUAUCUCAGACUGCCUUCAGUUUCAAGAGUCAGAUGUUGAGGAGGCAAUCAAAAAGCUCUCCGAACACUUCCAGUCCGAGGAAGAAUCUGUUGUAAGGGUGAAAAUAUUGUGGUUGUUUUCUGACAUUGGACUAGAGUGCCCUGGAGCUAACCUCAACAAUUUGAUAGAUGAAACUAUACAUUUGAUUAAGAAUGAAACUUCACAUAAGGUAAUAGCUCAAGGUGUAGCAACAUUGUCGAAGUUAGGCAAUAAACUAAGUGAGGACAAAAUCCUAAUGAUGCGGCUAGUGAAUGUGGCACGAGACAACUUGAAAGACACUAGCCAUCAAGUGAAAUGCCGCUGUUUGCAGCUAAUGAGUGAAUUAUACCCCAUAUGCCCUGAACCUGACAGGACCAUGGAAAUGACGGCAGAAUCUGAUGCUAUUGUCAAAUUGCUUGGAGAUUACAGUAAUGCAGAGGAUGCAAGGGUGCGCUGUGAAGCUUUUCAAUCACUGCUUACAUUACAUGAGCGUGGUUUGACAAUUAGCUUUGAUCUAUAUGACCCUGUAUGUGCAGCUCUGUCAGAUGAUUAUGAGAUAGUGAGGGAGGUGGCACUCAAACUUGUGUGGCUGUUAGGCAAUAAAUAUCCAGAAAACUCAGUGACAUUACAAGAUGGCGAAACAACAAUAAGAUUAGUGGAUGACGCGUUCAUUCGCAUCUGUUCGGCCGUCAACGACUUGUAUAUGCAAGUACGCGCGCUGUCCUGCUCCUUGCUUGGAACUACGCGAGGAGUGUCCGAUAGAUUCCUGUUGCAAACACUAGAUAAACAACUUAUGAGUAAUAUGAAGAAAAAGCGUACGGCGCACGAGCGCGGAGCGGAGCUGGUGCGGUCGGGCGCGUGGGCGAGCGGGCGGCGCUGGGCGGACGACGCGCCCGGCCAGCUCAUCGAGCAGGCCGACGUGCAGCUGCUGCCCGGCGGCGCGGCCGGCGCCUUCGUGCACGGGCUCGAGGACGAGUUCAUGGAGGUUCGAACGGCCGCUGUAGAGGCGGUAUGCCAGUUGUCUAUGGAGAACUCGGUGUUCGCGACCACGUCCCUGGACUUCCUCGUGGACAUGUUCAACGACGAGAUCGAGGAUGUCCGCCUGCGCGCCAUCGACAGCCUCACGCGGAUAUCGCACCACAUCGUGCUCAGGGAGGACCAGUUGGAAAUCAUUUUGGGAGCUUUGGAGGACUAUUCGAUGGACGUCAGAGAAGGUCUACACAGAAUGCUGGGUUCGUGCACGGUCGCCUCCAAGACAUGCCUCGAAAUGUGCGUCGACAAAAUACUAGAGAAUCUCAAGCGAUAUCCACAGGACAAAAGGUCAACGUUCCGGUGCGUGCAACGGAUGGGCAGCAAGCACGCGACGCUAGUGCUGCCGUUGACCACGCGCUUCCUCGCCGUGCAUCCGUUCUUUGACAUGCCCGAGCCGGACGUGGAAGAUCCAUCUUAUAUGUGCGUGUUGAUCCUCGUACUGAACGCCGCUCAGCACUGCACGACCAUGCUGCCGCUGUUCGAGGAGCACACCGUCAAACACUACACGUAUCUGCGCGACACUAUGCCGCAUUUGGUGCCGCACCUGCCUAUAGGCGACGCCAAGCAGUCCCGCGGCGAGAAGAGCGAGGCGACCAUAGACGACAGCGCGGUGCGGCGCUUCUUCGACACGGUGCUGCAGCACAUCGACAACGUCACGCUGUCCACCACCGUGCGGCUCAAGAUGCUGCAGUCGGCCGAGGAGCAGCUCAACAAGCUGUCGGAGAUGGAGCCGCUGGUGUCAGGGGCCGCCAAUUUCACGGCUCUGUUCGCGCGCUGCGUGCUCGCGCUGCACACGGCGCUCACAGCGGCGCGUGGUCCCCCGUCGCAUGCGCUGCAGCAGCUCACCACCGACUGCCUCAGGCUACAGUACCAAUUCAGCGGUGUAACGGAGCAAGAGAACGCUUGCGUGUGGCAACUCGCGCUGCGAGUUUCGGCGGCGCGGCUCAUUGCUGCCGUGGAGAACGCGGCGGCGGCCAGCACCGGCACUGGCAACACUGGCAACACUGCCAGCGGCGCCGCGGCCUUGUCCGCCGCUGCAGCGUUGACCCACCACGCUGAAUUGUUGGACCGGAUACUGGCCUCUGCGGGAGUGGAGCCGGACCCGUUCACGAUAGCCGUGUUCCAGCAGCUGUCGCAGAGCGCGGAGCACAAGCCGUCGGCGCUGGCGCGCGCCGUGCAGCCGCUGCUGCUGUGCGCGCCGCUGCCCGUCAUACCCAAGCCCAACCUGAAGAUCAGAAUGUGCUCAGCGAGUAUAAUAGAGCCGGCCACAGACAACGACACCGUGCUGCGGUUCUGCGCGGGACUCAUCACCGGCGUGGCGCUGGAGGCCGAGGUGGUCCGGGUGAAGGACCCCUCCGCGCUGCGCGUGCGCGUCGCGUACCCGGACACAUGCGUGCACGCGUUAGUGCCCCCGAGGGACCACUUGCGUCCGCUGGAUCACACAAAUACUAAUGACGACGGCACUCAGGACGUGCGGCUACUAACAAAGGUGCUGAUCUCGCACGGCGUGUGGACGGAGCCGUGCGGCGUGGACAUCUCCGUGUGUCUGGCGGUGGAGGAGGCGGGCGGGCGGGACGCAGCGCCGCUGGUGGAGCUGUGCCGCCCCGUGCGCGUCACCGUGGCGCCCAAGCCCAUCAAGCGCGGCAUAUAGGAGAUACUGCUGAAGCACAUGCAGCGCAAGAUGCAGAAAGCCAAGGACGAUACUUGAAUAAGAGAAUGUGUUUGUGAACAGUGUGCUUUAGACCACAGAACUAAAGAAAAACUUCUUUCAAAAAUAAAAUACAAGCGCCAUCUGUGAGUCUUAGACAUAACUGUAUUGCAAUAGGUUCUUGAAGUGUACAAAAAGGGAUUGUUUCAAAGUUUCCUAAGAACGCCAUCUAUCGGUAGUUUAAAGUAACAAAUUUUGUUUCACUACUGUGGAUAUAUCCGUGUAUCUGGCGGAGAUGUGCCGCCUCGUGCGCGUCACCGUGGCACCCAAGCCCAUCAAGCGCGGCAUAUAGGAAAUACUGCUGAAGCACAUGCAGCGCAAAAUGCAGAAAGCCAAGGACGAUACUUGAAUAAAAGAUGUGUUUGUGUACAGUGCGGUCGCUAAAAUAAUAAAAAAAACGAGUGUGUUUUAGACUACACAACUGAAGUAAAACUUCUUUCAAAAAUAAAAUAACAGCGCCAUCUGUGAGUCUUAGACAUAACUGUAUUGUAAUAGGUUCUUGAAGUGUACAAAAAGGGAUUGUUUCAAUGUUCCCUAAGAACGCCGUCUGUUGAUAGUUUCAAAUAACAAACAUUGUUUCACUACUGUGGUACAUCAAGCGCGGUGUAUAGAAGAUACUUGAAUGAGAGAACAAUACUUGAGAUGGAUUUUAAACUUACAAGAGAUGUAUAGUGUGCCAGUGCUGUCUCUAAAAUAAUGUGUUUGUGACGUCUGUUAAGUGUAUACAAUAAAUUUAAGACCAGCCUGCGUUACAAGUAAUGGAGAAUUCUUAAUAGAUUAAUUCAUUGCACACGACACUAGUGUUACUGCUAAAAAAAGUUUGUUUGCCUAAAGUACAGUCGAUAAAAGAUAUGUUUCUGAUCUCUGUUAAGUGUAAUAAACAACUAUUUAAAACCCAACUAUGUUACUGUACUUGUAUUAUACGCUAUACUGUAUAAUAGAAAGUUAAAAAAAUCGUGACGCUAUACUGUACAAUAGAAAAAUUGUGACAGUUUCACUACUAAAAUAAUGUUUCUGACAUCUACAUUGUCCAUUGAAACCUUUAAGAUAAAAUAAAUAAUAUUAUCAUAGUUGCAUUUAGCUCGGUGCAUCUAGAAUAACUGGCUAUUCUAUUAAAAAUGGUUAUUGUUUAUAGCCUGCAGAGAGUUGUUUUAAACUUACUAGAAAGGUAGUAGUUAAUAUAGUAUUCUUUUUUUAUUCUCUACAAGUUAGCCCUUGACUACAAU